UAUCAGGAACUGAACAUGGGGAAUGAGAUGGGCAACAACAACACAUCUUCUCUCAAAGAAGUCAAGGAGGAGAGCGUGAGGGUCGAUGCUCCUAAUGGAUCUUCCCAGGAGACUGUCAAGGAAAAUGAUGUGAAAGGAGGUCAUCUGAUUGCAGAAGAUGACAGCAAGGACUCGCAUGAAAGAGCUGAAGACUUGGCUUUCCAUCGUGCAAUCGCAGGCGAUAAUCAUGUCGACCAGUCAAUAUCAGACCCUCCAGUUCUUUCUCAAGCGACACAUGAAGUAAAUGAUAGAUAUGUAGAAGACCAGCUGGAACUUUUAUCGGUGAAUCCGGACAAUAUGAAGCCUUCAAUGGAAUCAGAUAUUGGCGAGCGUGACAAAAGCGACAGUCAGCUAAGUAUUGAGGCUGCUGAUACAGAAGUUGAAAAAGGAGAAACAAAUUCCACUCUCACUGUAUUGAGUGAUUCGGAAACUCAAACAUCUGAUGGAGUUAAAACCGAUCCAAUUGGAUUAGAUAAGGUCGAAGUUAGCGCGUCGACAUCAGAUGCGUGUGGAUCGGAAGUAUCAAGAGAGGAUUUUCUAGGAUCAACUUCAACAUUCCUAGAUGAGGGCAGUGAUCCAAUGCUAGAGACCGAAACACUGAUCAUCAUGAAUGUUUCUUCCCUCUCUGAUGCCGACGUUGAAUGUGUACACUUAAAAUUUGAACAAGAACAAGUCGAAGAUGAUAAAGCAUCCAAUGCUGAGCUGUUGACGAUUAACAAUGAAAGUCGAUUGGAAGACAGAACAGUAUCAAACUUUCUGAACUUCGGUCAUGAAGAACAGAUCGAUGAGGCGACCACAGUCGGUGGUUCCACAUUGCAAUCUGAAGAUUCUGUGGCCGAUCACUCCCUAUACUCUCAUCCAGAAGUUUCGGAACUCAAGGACCAAAGUGGCCUUGUCAUGGAAGAAAUUGAGUUCGCAAGCAGUAGACUCGUGAAUGAAAAUAACAUUAAGGACAAUGGUGGCCCAGUUGGGCAUUCUGAUGAACCGUGCAGCAUUCAACCUGAGAUGGCCGAGGCAAAGGAUGUCUCCGAAAUGGUUGUUGGACUUGAAACCAUAACUGAUGAUGUAGGAAACACAGUUGAAGUGCCUUUGGAUUGCCCAAGUGACAAGGAAUGUAAAGUUACGGAAACUGAUGUUACGGAAAAUGGUUGUCGGGAUGCGAUAUGUGCCGAGGCAUCGGAGGACUUUCUUGAGUCCAUUGAAGGAGAAGACUGUUCCAUGCCAAUUUCAGUAGAGCCAGAAGCUGGAGAUAUCAAUCAUGACGAGAAAGAACUGACUGAAAGGGAAAUGAUAGAAGACAAACAUGUGGAAACAGAGCUUUCACAGGCCACUGCAGAUGAAACAAGCAGAAAAGAUAUCAUAGAACAAUUCAUCCCAGUACAUUCUCCAUAUAUCCGUGAUUCUUUCUCGUCCUUUGACUACCCAGUAAUUAUCUCGCAUCCUGUAUCAGCGACUAAAGCUUCAGGGAAUCAAUGCAACAGUGAAUCGCAACAGUGCCAAAUGCCCGUGACUCCUGGUGCCGAUACCAAAUUGGAGAAAAUUUCGGGUAGCCUAAGCACAGGAUUGAAGUCUUACAGUGACACACACAUCCAUCCUCAGCUGCAGAAAUUUCCUAGCUUCGAUUUCGAUCUCCUUAUUGGGUCAAGGAGCGAAGAGUCGGAUCAGACGCCGCUGCUCUUCCCCGAUAGAAGCACAUUCAGGAGUACGUCGAUGAAAGGUCGAUGUGAUCGAGCCAAGCAAGUGGAGUGCUUGGAAGAGAAGACUGUCAGGAUGGACAGAAGCGAUUCCGAGAAGUCGAGAACCCCGUUUCUAGGCUUGUCAAAGAGAGAACAAGAAGAUGACGAAAAGCAAGAAGCCUGUGCAGUCGCCACUUCACAGAAACAAGCGGUCAAAGAAGCUGACUCUAAGGCAAGCAAGGCAAAGGCAAUGUGGGGGGUCCCUACAGAAGAAGUUGGAUCAACCUCUCCAAAAGGUAAAGAGAAGAGGAAGCUUAGGUCCUCCCUCUUUGGCAACUGCAUGUGCUGUGCAACUGUUAUCAACUGAAGAAAUAAAACAGCAAGCUUUAUGGGGAUUUCCAUUACUUGAUUGUUUUUACUUUGUUUUUGGGGGGGAGAGUUUCGUUUCAGUUU